AUGUUUAAAUCUUUGAAAUCAUCAAUAACUUCGACGUUAUCACCUGAUACUCAAAAUAAUGGCAAUGAUUCCAAGACUAACAAUAAUAAUGGUGAUGAUUCAUCGACAUUAGAAUUGAAUCAAGAGAAAAGAGAAGAAAUUGUUAAAAAUUUUAGAAAGAUAUUGGGAGCAGGGAACGAAAAAUAUGAUAACGCUACAUUGAUCCGAUUUGCAGUGGCUAAAAGUUUUAACUUGGAAAAGGCAAAACAACAACUUGAAGAGGCUAUGAAGUGGAGAGAAAAACAAAAAAUAGACUCAAUCCCUUUACCAGUUCUAAACCCUGGUACACCAUUACUUUAUCCUAUACGUGGACUUGCUCCUUUCAUAAAUGAUACAAAUGUAGAAAUUGUUAAAGGUGUUCCUGACUAUCUUCCUAGAAUUUAUAAAUAUUUUGGUGGGAAUGCUGUUCAUAAAAUUGAUAAAGAUGGAAGAAGCGUUUAUAUCGAAAGAUUGGGUUAUCAUGAUGCUAAAGGAUUAGCCAAGUAUAUUAAAUCAGAAGAAUUAGUUGACUGGCAUAUCAGAUGUCAAGAAUUUUCACAUAAAGUUCUUAUGCCAGAAUUAAGUAGAAGAGUUGGAAGGUUGAUUGAUAAGGAAACAGUAAUAUUUGACUGUGAGGGGAUGGGAUUUCAUCAACUACAUAUGCCAGCGUUAUAUUUGUAUAGAACAAUAGCAGAGAUAGAUCAAAGUUAUUAUCCGGAAAGAUUGGGCAGAUUAUUUGUUGUCAAUGCACCUUUUAUGUUUGUAAAAAUUUGGGCAUUGGUAAAAAAAUGGUUGGAUCCUGGAAUGCUGAAAAAAGUUCAUAUAUGUGGAAAAGAUUUCAAAAAUACUUUGCUUGAACAUAUUGAUGAAAAAAAUUUACCUGCAUUCCUAGGUGGAAAAUGUACUUGUUCACAUUUAGCAGGCGGAUGCGUUCCAUCAGUAGUUUUGGGAAAUAUUCAAUCACUUACAAAAGAUCAAAAUUCAUUACAACAAACACUUCCAUCAACAUCAGCUCCACCUUCACUUAUACCCCUUGAAUCCAGGAGAGAUGGCUACAAUUAUAGGAUCCAGAUUCUGAAAGGCGAUUCUAAAACUUAUGAAGUUAUUAUUACACCGUCAACAGAAGAAAAGGAUCAAAUUAAUGUAGAAAUUGCUUUUAGAAAAGUUGAAGGCAAGGGCAAACUUAAAUUUCAAGUAAAAUUUAUUAAAUUUGGUGAUGAUGACGGUGAUCGUUCUGAUGAGUCUAAUGGAAAAACAAUUAUGGAACCAAUUACCUUGAAGGAGGAAGAUACUGAGAAACACACAUUUGAUUUCAAAGUUAAACAUAAUGAAACUGGAGAAUUUCUAUUAACAUGGUCAUUUGACGAAUACAGUAAUUCCGAUAAUUGUAUUAUCGAAUAUUUUGUAAAAGUUGAUGGUGACUUAUAUGGAAAUGAUGACAAUGAUUACAAAAAAUGA